AUCUUUAGCCACAGGAACAGCAGGAAUUAUUCCCUCUGGGCCACAGCUGUGCAGUAUGUGGGAAAAACCAGUGCACACGCCACAGGCCAACCCUUCUGCUGGAGAACUAUCAGCCAUGGCUGGACUUAAAGGUGUCGUCCAAAGUGGAUGCCAGUAUUUCAGAGGUUUUGGAGUUAGUUCUCGAGAACUUUGUGUACCCAUGGUACAGAGAUAUUACAGAUGAUGAAGCGUGUGUGGAUGAACUGAGACAAACGAUCCGUUUCUUUGCUGCAGUUCUGGCUCACCGAGCACAAAGGGUGGAUGUGCCCUCACUUGUGAUGGACAAAAUGAUGAAAGCGGCUAUGAAGCACAUUGAGAUCAUGGCAAAAGCACAGCAGAAAGUGAAGAAUACCGAGAGCCUCCAGCAAGCAGCUCUGGCUGAGUACGGUGCCGAUCUGCAUGUGGCCCUGCGGAGCCGCAAAGAUGAGCUGCUGUACUUGAGGAAACUCACAGAACUGCUGUUUCCUUACGUCAUGCCGCCGAGAGCCACAGACUGCAGGUCUUUGGCCCUGCUGAUUCGAGAGGUCAUGACAGGUUCUGUGUUUCUGCCAAUAAUGGACUUUGUGGCUGAUCCUGACACUGUAAAUCACAUGGUGCUCAUCUUCAUCGAUGAUAGUCCACCUGAGCCAAUCUAUGAUCCUCCAUCUGCUCUGGUGCCCUUCCUGGAGAAGUUUGCAGAUCCACGCAACAAGAAAUCCUCGGUGUUGAAGUUGGAUUUGAAGGAGAUCAGAGAGCAGCAGGAUUUGUUGUUCCGCUUCAUGAGUUUCCUGAAGGAGGAAGGAGCGGUACACGUCCUGCAGUUCUGCCUGACUGUGG